AUGACUCAAAGUCGCAGAUUCUCCGCAUUCAUCGAUCAGAUAAGAAAUUGGACUAGCGCUAUCAAAGACAAACAAUACCGUAGUCUCUCUACUGGCGACCUGGUCUCCCCAUCAUCAUCCUCCAAGCCAUCAGAAUUCGAGCCAGACUUCAUGGAGAUGGACUUCGGAUCCACACCAACCACCUCCUCCCUUCCAGCUCACUUUGAUGACUGUGACCUCGUGCCAAUGGAAUUCAAGAAAAACGGUGUGAAACUUCUCCCCCAAGGAUCUAAACAAGCGGAGAAGGCCAUGAAAAACCACCGAAAAUUCGGAAGCAGUGAGGAGCUCUCCAAGAUUAAAAUGGAGGAUAUUCACAAGGCACAAUCCUGGUUCUUUGUCGACAUUGAUCCGAGAUCAGCCGAACGGAUUCUGAUGUCCGAUGGAUUUAGAGAGGCAUCGUUUUUGAUCUCCUACUUCCAGCAGAAGUAUGUGAUGUCGAUCUGGAGAAAGAAUAAGGUGGAGCACUUGGUGAUUCGUCACUACAAGAAGAAGAAUGGAUCGACUGGUUUCAUGUUGGAUAUCGAUAGAUCAUUCAAAAACCUCGUCGAACUCACCGAGUACUAUACGAAGAACAAGAGCUACGUCUUGUGCACAAAACUCGCGAAAGGAGUCUCCCGACCACGCCGAAACAACAACCAGGAUAUCCGAUCUCGUGCAUAG